CGGGUGAAAACCGGAACCGGAACUUACUGCUGAGUAAGGCGGCACAGAUCCGGAAGUGACUUUAUCGUCGAGGAAACGUGAAGCGCCUGUGUGUAGCUGCUCUCAUUUCACUAAAGACAGUUGAAACGCCGAAACCUGCUAAAACAUGAGUUUGUUAAACAAGCCCAAAUCUGAGAUGACCCCAGAGGAGCUCCAGAAGCGAGAGGAGGAAGAGUUUAACACGGGUCCGCUCUCAGUGCUCACCCAGUCUGUGAAGAACAACACACAGGUUCUCAUCAACUGCCGCAACAACAAGAAGCUGCUGGGCAGAGUCAAAGCAUUCGACAGGCAUUGUAACAUGGUUCUAGAGAAUGUCAAAGAAAUGUGGACAGAGGUGCCCAAGAGUGGCAAGGGCAAGAAAAAGUCAAAGCCAGUGAACAAGGAUCGAUACAUCUCAAAGAUGUUCCUGAGAGGCGAUUCAGUCAUCGUGGUGCUGAGAAACCCACUCAUCACUGGGAAAUAAAUCUUACAUGUAUCUGUUCAAGUACAGGACUCCUGGACACUCACACACCAGCUCCCCUGUGAGCUCAACUCUCAUUGACCAUCUUAAAGUGUUUGAGCAAAUUAAGUGUUUUGCAUUUGAGGAACAGUAUAUCUUUUUGAUUCGAAAUGUUUAGCAUCAUUAUGAGAGAUUGUCUAGUCAAAGGAAAGACACAAAGUCAUUUGUCAUUUGAACCUUUUUUUGUUUAAGUUGUAUAAAAAUGUGCUUUUUUUUCUAAAUAAACUUUUGGAUAUUCAAA